AUGAAUCGUGAACGUGAAUAUCUAUCUUAUUCAAGAAAUAAACGACAAAGAAAUGAUAUUUAUCAAGAAACUUUAGCAAAAUUAUUAAAUUUGCAACAAUGUCGAUGUAUUUGUAAAGAUUUCUUAUCUAAAUAUGAUGACACAUCGUCUGAAGAUGAAAUAAUUUAUUCAAAUAUUAAUCGUUUACAAAAUAAACGAAAUUCAUCUUUUCGAAAGCAUAGAAGAAAAUUUGAUAGGAAUGUAUUUGAUAAUGAUUUACAGAGAAAUGAUAUUUAUUCACCUGAAAUUAAUAUAUCUCAAGCAUGCCAAGUAAGAAUGAUUUAUAAAAAAAAUCUUUCAUCAUCAAUUAAAAUCGAUGAAAUUAUAAUAAAACAAAAACAAAAUCCGAAUGAUCAAAGAAAUAUUGUUUAUAAAGGUUAUUUAAAAAAAGGUGAUACAUUUUCAUUUAAAUCUCAACGUCUUGCUCAAUAUCCAUUUGAUAUAAAAUUAUAUAUAAAUGGACAUAUUAAAGGACAUUUAAUAACUUGUUGUGAAUAUAAAUAUCAUCAAGGUGGUUUUCAUAUUAAUCAAUCAUUUCUUAUUGAAAAUGUAGAAAAAUCUAUUCCAUGUCAAAAAUGUCAACGAUAUGAAAAGAAAGAAAAUGAACAAAAUUUCUAUUCUUCGAAAAGACUUUUAACUAAUCAUCAAUCUUUUGGAAAUAGACAAAGAUCACAAUCAAAUGAAAGAACAAGUACUGAUGAUGAACAAAUAGAAAAAGAUGAUACGAAUCAUAUUAUUCAAUCAAAUAAUUCAAAUGAUGGAACACAAGAUCAUCAUGAAAAUUCAACAAAAGAAAAUGAAAUGAUAUCAUCAUUAUCAUCAAUGAAUACAAUAGGAGAUACAUUAGUUCAAGAAGAAAAUCAAAUUGAACAACCUGAUAUUAAUCAAAAUAAUGAUAGUUCAAAUGCUGAAAAUGCAGAUAAUUCUAUAAAUGAAUUUAAUCGAAUGUUAAUUCAACGAACAGAUAAUAAUAAUGGAGGACUUUUUGAAUCCUUAUUUUCACUAUUUCGUCAUAGUGUUCGUCAAAUAGAAAUUCAUGAACCAUUACCAGAUCGAUAUGAAGGAAAUGUUGAAAAUUAUGUUAUUAUUUUAUUUGGUAUUAAAGAUGAAUUGAAUGUUCUUAAUUCAAUAGUAAAUUUAAUUAAAAUAUUUGAUAAUAUAAAAGAAUUAAAUUUAUUUUUAAAUACAUUAAAAUAUGAAAAAGUAAUCUUAAUUACAAAUGAUUUAUUUAUUGAAUUAAUUCAAGAUUUAUCAAGUUUUUAUUCAAUUUAUAUUAUUUCAAAUAAUUCAAUAAACAAUAAUAAUAAUCAUUUAAAUAUUCGUGGAUAUUUUUCACAUAUCGAAAUGAUAUGUGAAGAAAUAAAAGAAGAAUGUUCAAUAGAAAAUAAUUGUCUUUCAAUUGAAUUUAGUUCAUCAAAUCAAUCAUUUUGUUAUACACAAUUAUUAAAAGAAACUUUACUUAAAAAUGAUAAUGAAGGAAAUUUAAAAAAAGAUUUUCUUGAUUUUGCUCGUUUACAUUAUAAAAAUAAUUCAAAUGAAUUAAAUUUAAUUAAUCAAUAUGAAGAAAAUUCUCGAAAAGAAACUUCGAUUUUAUGGUUUAAAAAAACAAGUUUUAUUCGUAAAAUGCUUAAUCGUGCUUUAUCUACAAAAGAAAUUGAUAUUUUAUUUAAAAUUCGAUGGUUUAUUCAAUCACUUAAUUCAGAAAUAAAAGAAACAAAUGAUUUAAAAAUUGUUUAUCGAAUUGAUUAUUUAUCUGAAAAUGAUUUUGAAAAAUUUCAAGAUAAAAAUUGUUCAAAUGAAUUAAUUUCAUUUAAUAAUUAUCUUAUUUGUAAUAUUAAUAAACCUAAUUUAUUUCAAUAUAAAACUAAUAUGAAAACAAUUCUUUUUCAAAUUGAAACAACAAUUGAUAUUCCAAAUGAUGGAGAAAUUUUUCUUCCUUUUCAAAAUAUUUAUCGAAUUAAAUCAAUUGAAGAAAUGAAUGAUUGUUGGAUUAUUAAUUUAAUAAAUAUAAAUAAAGAUGAUGAACAAUUGUAUGAAUUAACAAAUGAUCUUCGUAUACAAAUUGAAAAUCCAAUAAUAAUAAUUCAGUUAGGAAAACUUUUAUUAUUAAAUAAUGAUUAUUGUCAUGCUGAUUAUUUUGCACGUUUAUUAUUUAAAGAUGAAUCAUUAAAAACUAAUCCAACAUUAUUAGCAUCAUUAGCUGCACUUCAUCAUUUACUUGGUUCAAUGGAUAAUAAAAAUAAAAAUUAUCGAGCUGCACGUUUUCAAUUUGAAGAAUCAUUAAAAAUUUUCUUAUCUUUUAUUCCACAAGAUAAUCAAAUACUUUCAGCAACAUAUAAUAAUAUUGGAAGUAUGUUUUAUCAAGAUGAUCAACAUGAUCAAGCUAUUAUUUAUCAUAAAAAAGCUCUUCAAUGUCAAUUAAAAUCUUCAGCACCUGAUAUUGAAGCAAUAGCAACAUAUUCAGGAAAUAUUGGAGCUGUUUAUCUUGAUCAAGGAAAAUAUAAUCAAGCUUUAAUUAAUUAUAAACGUUCUCUUCAAAUUCUUCAACAAUCAACUAAUUAUCAAGAAUCAUUAUCAAUUGCAAUGAUUUAUGAUAGAAUUGCAUCGAUUUAUUGGAAAAUGGAUAAACCAAUUGAAGCACUUCCAUUUUAUCAAAAAGCACUUGAAUUAGAACUGAAAUAUCUUCCUGAAAAUGAUCAUAAAAUAUCUGUUUCUUAUUUUAAUUUAUCAACUGCUUAUGCAAAAUUAGAUCAAUUAGAUGAAGCGAUUGAUUGUGCAGAAAAAUCUGUUCAACAAUUACUUAAAUCUGUACCACAUGAUCAUCCAGAAGUUAAAGAAAAUACACAACAAUUAGAAGCACUCAAAAGAAAAAAAUGGCUUCUACAACUUUAUCAAUAA